AUGUCCCUCAAACAGCUAUCUCUCGAGCCUGGCUUCCGCCUAGGGGAAGCAACUCCAGAUGACAUGCCAGAGAUCUGGCAGAUCUAUCAGGCAGCUUUUGAGGAAGACGAGUUGUGGACUGGUAUCUUUCGGAAUGUAGUCAAUCCAGACGACAUUUAUCCUUGGCUUUGUGCCCAUUUCACUCCUCGAUUCAAUUUUCCCGACAUCAUCACUUACAAGAUAACGGAAGAUGCGUCUGGAGCCAUUGUAGGCUGGACAGCUUUACAGAUCCCAUGGAAAUAUCUGCAUCCAUCGGCAAUGACAGAACAGUUAAAAGCUAAAGCCGCGAAGUCGGAAUUGCCGCCGCCUUUACCGGGCAUGGAUAUGCAAUCGCUUGCCGAUCAUUAUAGGACGAUGGGGGAAUCGAAAGUAUAUGGCUACAAUCCAGAAAAUGACUACCACCGCAAAGGAACCAUGAUCCGUCCCGACAUGCAAAGGAAAGGAUUCGGCUCUUUCCUCACUCAGUACUGUAAUCAGAUUGCGGAUCAAACGGCUGAUAGAGUAUGGGCACGUGUUCGUCCAUCAUCGCUAAAGAUGUUCCAGCAGAAUAAGUUCGUCGAAGUUGGUCUCAUAGAUUGCCAUGUUGAGCGAUGGGGUGGCACGCGCGAGAAAUCUAUGAGUUAUAUACUUCUUUAUCCGCCACCAGGUAGUUCGAUGGAAAAGGAUCCUAUGAGAUGA